AAUGCACUUGCAAUAUUCCGAUCUCAAAAGAUCAAUCAAAUUGAAUUUACUCUUGAUAACGCUGCGGCAAAGCUCCAGGCUACUGUCCAUACCGAUGAAGGACUCAUCAAACGUUAUGCGUUCAACUGCUUGGAUGGGGAGGUACUGCAAGCGACCGUGGACCAUGCCGCGUAUCCCACCAUGGUCAUCGCAGAGGCAUCCGAGCUCGAAAAACUGCUAUCCUCCUUCCAGCACACCCUGGACGAAAUCACCCUCAUCGCCAACCCGCUUGGCGCGGCCGCACUCGCCAACGGCCACAAGGCCUGUGAGAUACGCAGCUUCGUGGACCCGCUCAAGGGUGGCCAAGAGUCCGCCCUCAUGACCAGCCUGACGUUGGACACCCGAUCCGUGUUCACCUCCUACUCGCAUAGCUCCCCGCUGGCUGCGGACGUCACCUUCAACGUCAAGGACUUCCGUGCCAUGACGGCGCUGUGUACGGCACUGGGCGCUGACGUGGCGCUGUGGCUGCAGAUGGCGGGCGCACCGCUGGUGGUGGAGCCCCACUUCCGGGGCCUGCGGGAGGGCGCUGAGACGGACUUCCAGGCCAUGCUGGUGCUCUCCACCCUCACAGACUCGCAGCUGGGACCUGAACAUCACGCACUGCAGCAGCAGCAGCAGCAGCAGCAAGAUGCGCAGGAGGAGGAGGAGCAACAGCAAUUACAGCCACAGCCACAGCCACAGCAGCAGCACCACACGGAGGAUCCGCAACGGCAGCCCUGGAUCACGGCCGACGCGGAGGCAGAGGCGGAGCCGCCGAGUCCGUACGACGGUACGGGUCGUGGCGGCACGAGAGCGACAAGCAGCGGCCGUGGCCGCGGACUGGAGGACGACAUUCCCGCGCGCCGUACCGGCCGGCCGCCCCGGGGGCCGCCUUCCCACACUCAAGCCAACGGCAGGGGCAGGGACAGCCGCCGCUGGGACUGCAGUGGCCGAGUGACCCACGGGUCAGAGGGGGAGCUACUGGAGGCUGUGGCGAUGCCCAUGCAGCUACGGGGCAUCACUCUCAUCAUCAUCAUCACAGUUACCAUCAAGAGCAGCAGCAGUACCUGCAGUUCCCAAGGGGUCCAGCUGCGCCGCUGGCGGACACGGCGGGGCCCACCACUUCUGCUCAUGGCGCUGCGGGGCCCCAGCCCGAUGACUCGCAGGACCCUGAGGGCCUGCCGGGCAUGCUGCGGUCGCCGUACGGGCGCCAGCAGCCGCGGGGCCAGCAGGUCCCAGGGGCCGCCGGGAACCCGUCCUUUGGCGGCAGCUACAGCGUCACAGAUCUACGUCUCGCUCAGGCAGCAGCAGCAGAAGCUGGAGCUGGACAGCACCACCCUCCGAAUGCAGCAGCAGCAGCGGCACGGCCCACAGGCUGAUUUGUACGCGGCAGCGGCGCCGCAGCCAUGGGCCGUAUUUCCACAAGCCGGCGUGGAUGGACAGAUGCAACAACAGCAGCAGCCUCAGGAACUGCUGCCGCGGCAGCAACAUGCGGAGCGCAUGGUGGUUGAUCACGCGGAGAUGUUUGGUGAGGAUGAUGGUGACGGCGGUGAUGGUGGAUACUACGAUGUGAAUGUGGAGGACGAUGACGAUGAUGAGGAGCUGCCUGCGACACCGCCGGAACAGUUACAGACUCGGUCCCUUGGGGCGGGCGUGUUGGGCGGCCUGGGAGGGGACCAGGCGGCGGGGUAG